CUUUGUUUGAAAUAAUUUGUUUGUCUUCGGCCGGCAAGUGAGUAGUCGCUGUACUACCUGGUUCUCUUCCAGGAAGAGAAUCCAGCAUGGCAUUGAGACUAAGGUUUUGCCGGCCGCUUGGAAUCGUGAGGAAUCCUAUGGGCCAUUUGUAUUUGGUGCUAGCUUGCGCCUUUAUUGUGGUACUUUCAUUGCUGACACUUAGCCGAAUCACUCAGUCUAAUUCUUUAGUGAAGUCAGUGGACGGGGUGGGUGAAGCCUUGCUAGCUGAUGCUAAAGACGAUGAAGAAAGCCUUGUGUUGCUGAUCGCCGUAUUGAGCUCUGUAUCUGCGGAAGGUGCUGAGCGGCGGAAUGCAGUACGGUCGUCAUGGAUGAGCCUGCUACCAGCACGCGCUGAGGUACUGUUCUUUGUAGGCGGUUUAAAGUUGGAGAGUGCAAUGGAGCAGUCAAUACAAGAGUCGCUCAAAACACAGUCCGAUCUUAUCCUUUUGCCGGAUGUACGAGACACCUAUGCAGCAUUGACUGACAAGGUGCUGGCCGUCAGCGUUUGGGCAACCAAAAACCGACGCUUUCGCUUCAUGCUCAAGUCUGACGAUGACACUUUCCUUCGGCCGGAUGUGAUGGUGGCGGAGCUGAGUAAACGGCCGCCGACAGCUCCCCCGCUGUACUGGGGUUUCUUUGAUGGUCGGCAUGCACCCAAGCACCAUGGCCAAUGGGCAGAGAGGAACUAUGUCCUGUGUGAUCGCUACAUUACGUAUGCCAAGGGUGGUGCCUAUGUGCUCGAUUCGUCGCUGGUGGCAUACAUCGCUCGAAACCGCGACAUGCUGGUAAAAUUCAACAGUGAAGACGUGUCAGUGGGGACAUGGCUUGCUCCCAUUGCAGUGGAUCGUCAGCAUGACCCACGCUUUGACACCGAGUACAUAUCGCGCGGCUGUGACAACCGUUUCAUCGCCAUGCACAAGCAGUCAGCGCCUUUGAUGGCGCAGCUUGCCUUGAAUUACCGGUACCAGGGUGUGCUGUGUAGCACGGAAUCACGUAAACGUGGCUCGUACAUUUACAAUUGGACAGUACCUCCAUCCCAGUGCUGCAAGAGAGGUUCAUUGCACGACAAAACAAUCCCGUAGAAGUCUGAUGAUUGCCUUGAUCUUAGAAGUUUUUUAAAAAGUUGAAACUUUUUUAACAAUUGCCAAGCCUUGCAAGUGUCGAUCAUGAGAGAUUCAGCUAUAUAGGGUAACCCUAUCAUGUUGGAAAACAGACACUACGUUGUACACUCUUGAUAUCAUCAUAACACUACAUUGUAUAAAGAACUACAGCUACAUUGGUAGCUCUAUGUACCUCUUUUCUACGGUUUUAACCAUUUUACCACUGCAGGGAAACGUUAGUACCACCAGUCCACUAAGGGCCAACGAUAAUAGGUACUUUUAUUUUUACUGAAAGCACACAACUUCUAAAAGUCCA